AUGGAGGGUCCUGCUAAAGCAGAAGAGACUGAAGACUCUGACUCAGAAGUGACACAGAAAAAGAAAAAGAGCAAAGGGAAAAAAGGCAAAAAGGAGGAGCGAGCACCUUCUCCUCCCAUCGAGUUUGACAAUCUGGAGGAGUACGUACUUCAGCCUGCACAACAGGGUGUCACGGUAAGGUGCAAAGUGACCCGCGACAAGAGAGGGAUGGACCGAGGCCUUUACCCAACAUACUACCUGCACCUGGACAACGAGAAGAAAGUAUUUUUGUUAUCGGGAAGAAAGAGGAAAAAAAGCACAACCUCAAACUACUUGAUCUCCAUUGACCCGACCGACCUCUCCAGAGGAGGGGAAAACUUCAUUGGGAAGCUGAGGUCAAAUCUGAUGGGAACUAAGUUCACGGUGUUUGAUAAUGCACUGCAUCCGGACAGAGCUCUGCCAGACAUGUCAAACGCGCGACAGGAAUUAGCAGCUAUUAUCUAUGAAACAAAUGUUUUGGGCAUGAAAGGACCAAGGCGAAUGAUUGUAAUUAUUCCUGGCAUGACCAAAGACGGAGAACGAGUCCCCAUACGACCACGUAGUGAAAAUGAUGGCCUCCUCAUUAGACAUCAAAACAGAAAUAUGGAAAACGUGAUAGAGCUGCGCAAUAAGACGCCAGUGUGGAAUGAAGAGACGGCGUCACACGUGUUAAACUUCAACGGCAGAGUCACACAGGCCUCCAUCAAAAAUUUCCAGAUUGUGCAUAACAAAGACCAGGACUACAUUGUGAUGCAGUUUGGGAGAGUAGCAGACGAUGCCUUCACUCUGGACUUCAGGUAUCCUCUGUGUGCCGUACAAGCCUUUUCCAUCGCUCUCUCCAGCUUUGAUGGCAAAAUCGCCUGCGAGUAAAAGCGUAAAGACGCCCUGCUGGUGUCUUUCUGUGAUUUCGUCACACGCAGCAAAUGGGAAACGUUCUCACUCAGCAUCAGCUCAAUUCACAACGAGACCGAAACCCAUAAAUCUGUAAAAUAAAGCCACCAUUGCUUGUGGGGUUGCAUGAUUUUACAUGCCAUAGAGAGAUCUGCUGGUAAUAUCCGCUUGGGCUAAAAUCAAGUAAUGGUUGUAGAGUGGGUGAACUGAGAAGGGAGGAAGUGCAUUGAGAUGUUUGAUUUGAGAGUUUGAAAAAUGCAAAUGGCCCCUGGUGGUGAGGAGGUCACAUUAGACGUGAUGUGUGUUUGAAAAGGGAAAAAGAAACGAUGGAUUGUUUUAGUUUUAGGUUAUGCAUACAAUGCAAUUAGGAAAAAUGUCUGCUUCACAUUUUAAUAAAUUGUUAUCUUAUACUAUGAAUAAAAAAAGCACUUUGUUUAUA